AUCACUCCUGUGUACGGACAUGGUUGUAUUCAGAACCAGUUUAGCAGCACCAAAAUGCUUGUUGUCCGAAAGAUCAUGUUCGGUUGUUUACUUCUUGGGGUUGUUUGUACGUUGAUUUGUAUGAGAGUUCUGCAUUUACGUGAAGCUGUGGUAAUUGGAAGAAUUGUGACGGUCUCUUCGAACUCACUCCGAUCCGAGGGAGUGUUGACAGAAUCAGGACUUACGGAAAUGGUUAAAAAUCCUCACCAAAAGCCGGAAAAUGCUUGCCCGGAGUUGCAAAACAUUCCAAAUCUCGAGAACGACAGGGAAAUGGACUUAUCAACAACAAUCGAAGUGAAUGAAGUUGAACACUUCGUGUUCGACAAUCGCCUUCAAGAGAUUCGAGAUGCGGUAUCGACAGGGCAUACACUUAAAAAAGAAGGAGACAUCGGUGGUGAUAACAGCAGCAACCAUACACUUGAGAGGUUAGCUUCUCUUGGUGUUCAACAUGGCGGUUAUAUUUACAUACCAGGGGGUAUUUAUCGACCUGGAAAAUGCCGAUCAAGGUGGAGGGUAGCUAUUGUCGUCCCAUUUCGGAAUCGCACCGCCCAAUUGGCAACAUUUCUGCGAUACAUGGUACCAUUCCUUCAAAAGCAGCUACUUGAGUUCGGAAUAUUUGUCAUUAAUCAGGAGAAUGAUCUACUGUUCAAUCGUGGGAUGCUGAUGAACAUUGGAUUUCUUGAGUCCCAACAUUUCUCUAAUUGGGACUGCUAUGUUUUCCACGAUGUCGAUCAAAUACCUCAAAGCGAAUUCAAUCCUUAUGAAUGCAUCAACAUGCCUCGACACUUUGUAUCGGGUGCUGACAAUCGAAAUUACAGUCUACCAUACUCGUCGUAUUUUGGCGGGGUGGUUGGUUUCAAAUCAGCCCAAUUCCGACUGAUAAACGGAUUAAGUAACGUCUACUGGGGGUGGUGUUGUGAAGACGAUGACCUGGGUCAAAGGUUAACAACUGCUCAGCUCAGAACGAAUCGUUACAGCGGUCGGACAGGUCACUACAAAGCUAUUACAAAGAAUCAUUUCAGAUCAUCCAACCACUCAGCAGGAGAAAGCGAAAAUCGAGAAAAUCUUAGAAAAAGCCGUCGUCGCUUCAAAACAGACGGUUUGAACAGCAUCCGGUACAGUAAACCACACAUUGAGUUACAUACUUUAUAUACCAACAUAUCAGUAGACAUAAGACGUCUAUAGCUAAAGGCACUAGACACUAUUGGUAAGUUCUCAAAAUAAUUGUUAUCAUAAAAACUUACUUGGUA